CAACACCAUUUGAGCCGUUUCAACGAGACCCACAAUGACUUCCCAAGCACCCAAAUCCUCAAAACCUUCAAAACCUCCAAAUCAAUCUUCAAAUACAACCCCACAACCUUCAAGACCAUCAUCUUCUCUGACCUCGCACUUGGCCAUGGUGGAGCUAAAACAAAGAAUUCUUACUUCUCUAUCCAAGCUCUCCGACCGAGACACCCACCAGAUCGCCAUCGAAGACCUGGAGAAGAUCAUUCAAACCCUCUCGAACGAUGGCGUUUCGAUGCUCCUGAACUGCCUCUGCGACGCUACCAAUGACCCCAAGCCCAUUGUGAAGAAAGAGUCUCUACGCCUGUUGACCGUACUAUGUGCCACCCAUACGGAUUCUACAACCACCCAUUGGACAAAAGUCAUUGCCCACAUUGUGAAGAGGCUCAAAGAUUCGGAUUCUGGGGUCAGAGAUGCUUGCCGUGACUCGAUUGGGGCGUUGUCGUCGCAGUAUCUGAAGGGUGAGGGUGAUAAUGUGGGACUUGGGUAUGUGGUUUCUCUGUUUGUGAAGCCACUGUUUGAGGCAAUGAAUGAGAAUAGCAAGAAUGUACAAGGUGGAGCUGCAAUGUGUAUGGCUAAGAUGGUGGAAUGUGCUUCGGACCCGCCUAUCUCGUCGUUUCAGAAGCUGUGUCCUAGGAUUUGCAAGUACCUUAAUAAUCCCAAUUUCUUGGCAAAGGCUGCUCUUUUUGCUGUUGUUGCAAGUCUGUCUCAGGUGGGAGCCAUUGCACCGCAAAGCUUGGAACCAUUGCUACAAAGCACUCAUGAUUCAGAUUGGGCAACACGUAAAGCAGCAGCUGAUGCGUUAAGUACCUUAGCAUUGCAUUCAAGCAACUUUACCACAGAAGGAGUUGCAUCUACACUGGCAGUGCUCGAGGCUUGUCGGUUUGACAAGAUAAAACCUGCAAGAGACAGUAUGGCAGAGGCAUUGCAGCUGUGGAAGAAGAUUGCAGGAAAAGAAGAUGGAGCUGCAGACAACCAGAAAACUUCAUCUCAUGAUGUUGAAAAUUCUGAAACUGCUGAUUUGUCAGAGAAGGACCUUCCAAAUCCUAGUGGGAGAAGAACCGAGACCCUGGCAAAGGAUUCUUCCGGUGGACCAUCCCCUGAUAAUUCUGUUUCCAAAAUAAAACCUGCAAGAGACAGUAUGGCAGAGGCAUUGCAGCUGUGGAAGAAGAUUGCAGGAAAAGAAGAUGGAGCUGCAGACAACCAGAAAACUUCAUCUCAUGUUUCAGAUGUUGAAAAUUCUGAAACUGCUGAUUUGUCAGAGAAGGACCUUCCAAAUCCUAGUGGGAGAAGAACCGAGACCCUGGCAAAGGAUUCGUCCGGUGGACCAUCCCCUGAUAAUUCUGUUUCCAAAGUGAAGAGUACCAGUAUUUUAGAUAAAGCAGUUGGGAUACUAAAGAAGAAGGCACCGGCAUUGACUGACAAAGAAUUGAACCCAGAAUUCUUCCACAAUCUUGAAACAAGGGGUUCGGAUGAUUUGCCUGUAGAAGUGGUGGUCCCACGCAGAUGUCUCAACACCUCUGAAACACAUAAUGAGGAAGAAUCGGAGCCAAAUGGUAGCAAUUCAGGUGGAAGAUUAAAGGGUCACUGCCAGCCAGAUGAUGGAUCUGUCCUCUUCAAAUAUCGUAACAUUGAUAGGGGAACUGCCGGUACAUUUUCUAGACAACGAGAUAUAGCUGAUAGGAGUGAUUUAAAUCAGAGGGAAUCAUCAAGUACUCGUGUGGGUUUCUCGAAAACUGAUGGUCAGUCUGAGGGAUUUACGAAUAACAGAGGGAAUUGGUUGGCUAUCCAGAGGCAAUUAUUACAACUGGAGAGGCAACAAGCUCAUCUAAUGAACAUGUUGCAGGAUUUCAUGGGUGGGUCUCAUGAUAGCAUGAUAAAACCUGCAAGAGACAGUAUGGCAGAGGCAUUGCAGCUGUGGAAGAAGAUUGCAGGAAAAGAAGAUGGAGCUGCAGACAACCAGAAAACUUCAUCUCAUGUUUCAGAUGUUGAAAAUUCUGAAACUGCUGAUUUGUCAGAGAAGGACCUUCCAAAUCCUAGUGGGAGAAGAACCGAGACCCUGGCAAAGGAUUCGUCCGGUGGACCAUCCCCUGAUAAUUCUGUUUCCAAAGUGAAGAGUACCAGUAUUUUAGAUAAAGCAGUUGGGAUACUAAAGAAGAAGGCACCGGCAUUGACUGACAAAGAAUUGAACCCAGAAUUCUUCCACAAUCUUGAAACAAGGGGUUCGGAUGAUUUGCCUGUAGAAGUGGUGGUCCCACGCAGAUGUCUCAACACCUCUGAAACACAUAAUGAGGAAGAAUCGGAGCCAAAUGGUAGCAAUUCAGGUGGAAGAUUAAAGGGUCACUGCCAGCCAGAUGAUGGAUCUGUCCUCUUCAAAUAUCGUAACAUUGAUAGGGGAACUGCCGGUACAUUUUCUAGACAACGAGAUAUAGCUGAUAGGAGUGAUUUAAAUCAGAGGGAAUCAUCAAGUACUCGUGUGGGUUUCUCGAAAACCGAUGGUCAGUCUGAGGGAUUUACGAAUAACAGAGGGAAUUGGUUGGCUAUCCAGAGGCAAUUAUUACAACUGGAGAGGCAACAAGCUCAUCUAAUGAACAUGUUGCAGGAUUUCAUGGGUGGGUCUCAUGAUAGCAUGGUGACUCUAGAGAGUAGAGUACGUGGUCUUGAGAGAGUCGUUGAAGAUAUGGCACGGGAUUUGUCAAUAUCAGCUGGUCGGAGAGGUGGUAAUUUUAUGGUGGGGUUUGAGGGAUCUUCUAAUAGACAUCUAAGCAAGUAUAAUGGCUUCUCUGACUACUCCAGUGCCAAGAUAAAACCUGCAAGAGACAGUAUGGCAGAGGCAUUGCAGCUGUGGAAGAAGAUUGCAGGAAAAGAAGAUGGAGCUGCAGACAACCAGAAAACUUCAUCUCAUGUUUCAGAUGUUGAAAAUUCUGAAACUGCUGAUUUGUCAGAGAAGGACCUUCCAAAUCCUAGUGGGAGAAGAACCGAGACCCUGGCAAAGGAUUCGUCCGGUGGACCAUCCCCUGAUAAUUCUGUUUCCAAAGUGAAGAGUACCAGUAUUUUAGAUAAAGCAGUUGGGAUACUAAAGAAGAAGGCACCGGCAUUGACUGACAAAGAAUUGAACCCAGAAUUCUUCCACAAUCUUGAAACAAGGGGUUCGGAUGAUUUGCCUGUAGAAGUGGUGGUCCCACGCAGAUGUCUCAACACCUCUGAAACACAUAAUGAGGAAGAAUCGGAGCCAAAUGGUAGCAAUUCAGGUGGAAGAUUAAAGGGUCACUGCCAGCCAGAUGAUGGAUCUGUCCUCUUCAAAUAUCGUAACAUUGAUAGGGGAACUGCCGGUACAUUUUCUAGACAACGAGAUAUAGCUGAUAGGAGUGAUUUAAAUCAGAGGGAAUCAUCAAGUACUCGUGUGGGUUUCUCGAAAACCGAUGGUCAGUCUGAGGGAUUUACGAAUAACAGAGGGAAUUGGUUGGCUAUCCAGAGGCAAUUAUUACAACUGGAGAGGCAACAAGCUCAUCUAAUGAACAUGUUGCAGGAUUUCAUGGGUGGGUCUCAUGAUAGCAUGGUGACUCUAGAGAGUAGAGUACGUGGUCUUGAGAGAGUCGUUGAAGAUAUGGCACGGGAUUUGUCAAUAUCAGCUGGUCGGAGAGGUGGUAAUUUUAUGGUGGGGUUUGAGGGAUCUUCUAAUAGACAUCUAAGCAAGUAUAAUGGCUUCUCUGACUACUCCAGUGCCAAGGUGGGGAGGGGUGGGGAUGGGCGUGUUCCCUUUGGCGAAAGGUUUUCCUCGUCUGGUGGUAUUGCUUCUGGCAUGAGGGGUAGGGGCCCUCCUUGGAGAUCUGAUGCUUCUGAAGGUUGGGGCUUCCACUCCUAUGGGAAAAGUGGGCAAAUGGGAUCUAGGAGAGCUCCAGGUGGUGGUUCUAUAGAUGUUAGGUCACCCAAAUCAGAAAAUGAGAACGAUCAGGUUGGCAGCAGGAGAGCCUGGGAUAAAGGAGCUGGACCUGUUAGGUAUGGGGAGGGGCCUUCUGCAAGAAGUGUCUGGCAAGCUUCAAAGGACGAGGCAACCUUGGAAGCAAUUCGGGUGGCUGGUGAGGACAAUGGAACUGCUCGAACUGCAAGAGCUGGGAUUCCAGAGUUGACGGCUGAGGCAUUAGGGGAUGACAAUAUUGUGCAAGAGCGUGACCCAGUCUGGACAUCUUGGAGCAAUGCAAUGGAUGCAUUUCACGUGGGUGACAUGGAUUCAGCUUUUGCAGAAGUUUUGUCUACUGGGGAUGAUAACUUGCUUGUGAAGCUAAUGGACAGAUCUGGCCCUGUAAUUGAUCAACUCUCAAGUGAGGUAGCAAGUGAGAUUUUGCAUGCUGUUGCGGAGUUUCUAAUGGAGCAAAACUUGUCCGAUAUAUGUUUAUCUUGGAUUCAGCAGGAUAGUGCUGUUAGUACAGUCUUAGCAGCAAUCAACAAUAAACAAGGUCAUAUGUCUUGA